AUGGCUGCCUUGGCUGAGCAAGCGCAACCGUCCUCUCAAAAGCCGAAUGAGAAGGGCAGAGAGUUCCAGCCUCCGUUCGUUCCAAUCGAUGGCCUCAAUAACUUCCGCGACAUUGGUGGCUGGCCUAUCUCCUCACCCUCACGUCCAAAUUCAAAAGUGCGAUCAGGCAUUUUAUACCGAGGCCCAGACCUCGGACCCAUCACGGACAGAGGUGCUCAGCAAAUGAAAGAUAUUGGCGUGGAAGUUAUUUUCGAUAUACGCAGUGUACCGCAAAUUGUUAGGGCUGGAGGAGUGAAAGAGCUUGAGGGAAUUCAGAGGGUGUGGUGUCCGGUUUUUCAAGAGAGCGACUAUACGCCUGAGAAAGCGGGGGCGAGGUAUACACAGUAUUCUAGUGAGGGAACGGAUGGCAUCGUCCAAGCCUUUGAAGACAUCCUCGCCAAUGGUGCAACUACAGCCUUCCGCCCAAUUCUCCUUCACCUUGCUAGCCUUCCAAACGCUCCUCGCCCUCCAGCAGCCAUGAUUCACUGCACAACAGGCAACAACCGCUCUGGUGUCUUCGUCGGAACACUGCUCUCCCUUCUUGGUGUCCCAACCUCAUCCAUUACAGCUGAGUAUGCACUCUCUGAAAUAGGUCUAAGAGCUGGGAGAGAUGAGGUUGUGGAAAGGUUAAUGAAGAAUCCGAAGUUUAGAGAUUCAAUUGGGGAUGGGGAACAGGGGAGGAGAAGAGCGAUGAGGAUGGUUGGAGCGAGGGAGGAGAGUAUGAGGGCCAUGUUGGAGAUGCUUCAGAGGAGGUGGGGUGGUGCAGAGGGGUAUAUGAGGGAUUCCGUGGGGUUGCAUGAUGAGGAGAUUGAAAGGGUUAAGAAAGUUUUGACUACUUGA